AUGCCACUUGUGGCACCACACUGCCCGCCCCUGGGGGAGGGGGAGGGCGAGCUUGGAGAUGACGUGGGGUCCUCACGUGACCAGGAGCUGCAGAACGAUGCUGCCUUCGGUGCAGUCGUCACUCGAGUCUGGGUACCGGCUCCCCACUGCCUGGCGCCCGGCGGGCUGGCAUCGGGCCCGGGCCAAGUGCAGCAGGUAAGGCCCGGGGCCUGCGCGCCUCGCCUAACCCCAGUCACCCGCCUGGAGGCAGGCGCUGGGGCACAGCUCGGAGGGUCCCAGACUCUGUAUUCGUGGGAACAGAAAUGGUGCUCCCCACGGGAGGGGGUACUCAGGGGCGGCUGGGCUUCCAGGGAAAGCAGCAGAACAACCAAGAGAGCGCUGGGAAAUCACCUUCGAGUCCCCGCAGGAAAAUGGCGAGCACCGCAGGAGGUGGGAGGCAGUGGGCUGGGAAGACCAAGAGCCUGGCAUACUUGUGUUCAAAGGGAAAAAAAGUCAGUAAAAGAAAACUUCAUCAUGGCAAAUAUCCCCCAAGAAAAUGAAGAAAUGGAGCAGCCCCCUGUGCAGAAUGGGGAGGAUGCCCGCCCUUUGAGAAGGGGCGAAGCCCAGCAACCUGUAGGGAAUAACCGGCGAGGACAGGCUCACCGACUUGCCCCUAAUUUUCGAUGGGCCAUACCCAAUAGGCAGGUCAACGAUGGGAUGGGUAGAGAUGGAGAUGAUAUGGAAAUGUUCAUGGAGGAGAUGCGAGAAAUCAGGAGAAAACUUAGGGAGCUGCAGUUGAGAAAUUGUCUGCGUAUUCUAAUGGGGGAGCUCUCUAAUCACCAUGACCAUCAUGAUGAAUUUUGCCUUAUGCCUUGA